AUGAUCUUAUUUUACUUACUUUGUAUUUUUUUAAAGUGUGUUUACUGUCAGCAUUCUAAUGGACUUCACGGUGGUCCUAUAGAAGCCGAGUGCUUGUCGUUUAUGAGUAGAGAACGGAUAUGGGUUCCUGUGGCGUUAGACGAAGUCAUCGGACCGAUGGGUGGUCCUAGUAACAACCCAAUUAGUUUAGCAAGACACCAUAUUAUACCCGUAAGGACUCUGAGAAGUUUCUUUGAUACAGCAGUUAGAGAAAAUCAUGAAGGAAACGUUGAAUUGACUGGUCUUAUGAGUCUUAUGGGAUUUCUUUCUGAUGAUGCUCUAAAUCAGUAUAGAGAUACCAACGCACUUGAGGAUUUUAUAAGAUCAGAUCUAGAAGAAAUGAGACAAUUACAAAUGUAUUAUAUUGAUCAAGAAUUUGAAUUUAACAAUCCACCCGUGGACAUUUUAUUUAGUGCAAGUUAUUUGGUGCGUUCAGUAUUUCAGUGGAUUCCUUCUAACAUAUUUAUAGGUCCGGCUCCGCAACUGAGAUCCGACGAUCCUGGAGAUGCUUUUGAAGUUGACUCUAGAUACAUUGUAGGUGAAGAAGACUUUCGACGUUUACGGACAAUUAAUAAUAUGAUGGAGCGCUAUGUUCAAACAAGAGAGAGGGCAACGUUUAAUGAAAUAAUAGAGCUACUUGCCACAAUGUCGCGUGACAGAGAUGUAGCUUAUCCAUUCAAUCGUUCACAAUGGAUAUAUGAAAACAAUAAAUAUAGAAUUAAUAAGAAUAACCACGAUCAUGAAACACGGGUAUCGGAUGAUGUGACUUUAGUAGGUAGUGAUCCAUAUUGUUUGAAACCUUUAGAACUAAUUAAAAUGAGUAUGCAUCAGGAAAAUCUAAUAAUAGUAUCUGAAGUACUUGAUAGAGCUAUAAAGCAUAAAGGGUUUUAUAGCAAAGACUAUGGUUCUUGGAAGGAUUGGUAUGCUGAUUCUUCUUGGGCAUUCGGUAUUUUCAACGAUGGUCUCAGUAUGGCCGGUCAAGGAUGGGUUUAUGAUCCAUAUGGAUAUAAGUUUAAUGAUAAUUCUUUUGUUGUUGGCAUUCUCGGUACAGAUGCGAGGGGUAAAAGUGAUAACUGGGUUAAUCUAGCUCACGAUUUUCGGGAUACGAAAGAUAAAAAACAAUAUGCGGGGCAAGUUUUCUUUGAUAAAAACGGCCGACCUGUAGCUAUAGUCAUUACAUCAAUAGCAUGGGCACAAGUAGGUUCUGGGUGGUCCUUUGUUUACAAUAAUGAAAAAUGGGAGUAUGAGAGCACUGAUUCAUGGGAUGAAAGAAGGUUUGCUGGUAGAACCGAGUCCCUUGAUACUACUGCUCCUAAAUUUGUGACGUCAUAG